CUGCUUUAAUCCACUAGGGGGUGGUAGUGUUCACUCGCUGAAAAAAAAAAAAAACAAGUAGAAGAAGAGGCGGCGGAUGUAAACGGAUUGCUAGCCGACGUUGGAGACGGUUAUUCUCUGAAUAUGUGAGAAUUUGCAGUAAAGAUGUCUUCAGUUCAGCCCCAACGGAAGUUUAUCAACCAGCAGUUAACUCCUGCUGAAGAAACCGACCCGGAGUUUGAAGAAGUCAUCGUGAAAUCGGAGGACGAGCUCGAUGAUCAGUCCAAUCUGCUGGAUUUCUCCCAGGAAGACGUCCACCAGGAUGACGUUUGGGAAGAGGAGGCGCUCACCAACCAGGAGAGGAGCUCCGGUUUUGAUGAAGAGGAUCCAGAACCUCUGCAGAUGAAAGAGGAGCAGGUUGAGUUUGGACAUCUGCUGAUAAAAGAGGAAGACAUGGAGCUCCUCAUCAGUCAAGAUGAAGAGCAGCUUGAGCUGAAGGAGGAGUCUGACACCUUCAUGGUGACGCCUGCUGAUGAGGAAAGCUUUCACACUGAACCAGAACCAAACUGGUACCCGCUCGACUCUCAGGACUCCCCUGAAAGUAACAGCCAGGACCAGGAAGGAAGCGCUUCAGAAGACUGGGGGUCAAAGAGUGAUGAAGAGCAAAUGCUAAAUGAGCAGGGUCAGGAAACCAGACAAUAUAAUCAGUAUUCUGAGAGCUCAAAUCAAGAAGGGCACAGUGCUCACAAAGAAAAGAAACAAUAUUCUUGUAAAAUGUGUGACAAAAGCUUUUCCCAGAAUAAUAAUCUGACGAUACACAUGAGAAGUCACACAGGGGAGAGGCCUUUCUCAUGCGAGACGUGUGGCAAAGGUUUUACUACAAAAUCGAAUUUAACCCUUCACUUGAGAACUCACACAGGUGAGAAGCCUUUUCCGUGCGUGACCUGUGGAAAAAGCUUCAGUCUAAAAUGUAUUUUAACCGAGCACAUCAGAACUCACACCGGUGAGAAACCCUUCCCAUGUCUGGCCUGUGAGAAAAGUUUCCCCUCCAAAAACCAUUUGAAUAAGCAUUUGAGAAUUCACACUGGCGAGAGGCCAUUCUCGUGCAUCACCUGUGGGAAAAGGUUCAGUCUGAAGUGCAAUUUAACUGAACACAUGAGGACUCACACUGGUGAGAAGCCUUUUCAGUGUUUGGCUUGUGACAAAAGUUUCAACUCUAAAAACCAUUUGAAUAAACACCUGAGAGUCCACACAGGUGAGAGGCCUUUCGCCUGCAUGGUCUGCGGAAAAGGGUUCGCUCAGAAAAGUUGUUUAACGGAUCACAUGAGAACUCACACGGGGGAGAAACCUUUCCUUUGUGGUAUGUGUCAGAAAGCCUUCAGCCUGAGGAGCAGCUUGAAUAACCACAUGAGAACCCACACGGGCGACAAGCCUUUCUCAUGCAACAGCUGCGAAAGAACGUUCACGUUAAAGAGUCGUCUGAACAGACACAUGAGGUCUCACACAGGGGAGAAACCGUUCACAUGUAAUGCUUGUACUAAAACCUACAGCCUAAAGAGCAGUUUGACCAAACACAUGAAGACUCACAUCGGCUAGGAGCGUUUCUGCUGUUUACAGUGUAGAGAUAAAGAUGUUAGCAACCAUUAACAUGACAGCUUAUAUUUUAAUGUAAUAUAACGUGGAAGAUGGUGAUGGUUCACUAGGGCUGGAUUAAAAGUUUUAUUAUGAAAUUUUGUGGUGACGUUGUGAUAACAAUAAAAGUGACAAUAGUAACUAUUUUUUACAUGUUUUUUAGGUAACUUUAUGACUGCUGUUUAAAAACAUUCCUGUUUGUAAUGAGCUUCUUUAGGAAAAAUACUAGUUUUGUAAAGAAGUGUAUUUUAUAUCACUUCUUGAAAUUUAUGAAUUUUCAAAUUUAUUGGUAUUUAUUGAUUCUUUUAUUGAACAAGCAGAGGAGAAAAUAGUAAAACUAUCAAUCCUUGUAAUAAUGAUUGUUUUAAAUGGCACUAAUUGGAGUUUAUAGUGGCAACGAUAAAUAAAAAAUUCUUAUGAAAAAUGUAUUACGAUAAAUGAUGAUACCAUAAAUACCCUUUGUCGUGUUCACUUUAAAUUUUGCAAAUAAGAAUGUGAAAUGUGAGUUUUACUACAGUGUUUUAUAUAUUGGGGAUAUUUAGCUAAUAACUAAACAAGCUAAAGUUAGAAAAGGCCAAAUUAAAAAGACAAAAAUCAGAUCAAGACACUUGCUGUCAUUUGUUCCAAAGGCAAAAUUAUUGCCAAAUCAUCAGUUUGUUCAUAAUUAAACACAUUAAGCACAAAGGAUUUACAUACAAAUGUUACUACAAUUUAAAGUCAUUGCAGCGAUUUUUCUGUUCUCAUUCUCAUAAAAUUAAUUGUUGACCGUUUACUAAACUCCAGCUUUUUCUCUUUUUCAAUUCAAAUUCAAAAGAUACUUUACUGAUCCCAAAGAGAAAUUAGACGUUGCUGCAAUUCAUUAAUUCAAGGUUCUUCAAAAAGUUAUUGUAUAUUUUUGUAUGUCCAUUUGGGUCUCUACUGCUUCUAGAAACAUUCCAGGUGUUUAAAAAAAAAAAGAACAAUAAGUUAAUAUUUUUUGGUGUUUUGGUGCAAACUGUUUCAAAAUCCUUUCGGAAUAUAAUGUUACAAAUCAACAAACAUUGCUCUGUUACCUAGCAGAGAUCAAACACGUUUGGUCAGCUGGUUUUACUGCUGUAUGAGCCGUACAAUGGCUACUGGAAAAGACAAGUGGCGCUAAAACAGCUUAUUCUGAAAGGAGCUCAAACUAGAACUGACUAAAUCUGUAUCUGAGAAUUAUUUUGUGU